AUGGAGGCCUAUAAUAUGAUACUCCAGUUCCCUGGCGUCGAUGAAUUGUUGCAGAGUCCCUCAGAUGAGGAAACAGGGUUGGCUCUAGAGGAACUCUGGAAUAUGCUAAAGAAAGAUCCUACAGAUUCUUUGCGCCUCAGCGAUAUCAUCCCUCAUGUUCUACUGGAGCUUGAUCAAGAGCAAACAUGUUAUGACUUUAUCAAAUGGUGGGCAUUGCAUGGUCCGAAAUCACUCUCCGGCAGCCCAAACUCCCCCUUCUUCGACCUUGAAGGAGCCGAUGCUUGCGAAUCUUUAAGCACGUUACCACUAUCGCGUCUCAGUCUAAGUCACCUUGUCGCUCUCACUCUUCUUAAGCUCCGACUAUGCAUGGACCUCGGCGCCAUCACAGAUGAACAUUUCGAUACCUCGAUAGGAUUCAAUGGCGAUGAGCCAAUCAUGGAUUUUUCGCUCGGGUUGGUUGCAGAGGAUGUAUUUGAAACCACGAGGGAGUGGUCGGAUUUUGCAGAACUAUUGAGCAACGUGGAGAACCAGUACCUCGAUCUCUGCAAGCAAGUGAACGAAGUGAACCCUCAUUUCUGGGAAGCUUUGGUAACCGAGGAGCCGAAUUUCAGUUCCACUUCCGAGACUCCAGGGCCUGGGUCGAGGAACGAGGCCGACUUUGUGCUGUAUCAUUGCAGACGCGCAUGGGACAAGAGUAGUGAUGCUCUCAAGAGAAUUGAAUGCGAUACUUCGCAUUACGUUCGGCCGUAUAUUGGUCCGACUGGGGUCAACGAGUCAAAAACUCUCAAGAAACACAGAGGCACAGGAAGAGUGUUUCCAACCCGGUUAGAUUGUGCCGACCUCCAUCCAGAUGACGAGGAUAUCCUGACUGGUAUAAACAUCGACCAUGAAAGAGGCUGGUCAUUAUUUGGGGAGCAAUCGAAACUGCUUCUAUACGCCAAUGGGCACUGUACAUUCAACGGCAAGUGGUAUGCCUGUGGAGGCUGGAGCGUAUCAUUUGGUAAUGACGAUCCUCGCCUACCCUGCCAAUUUAUUUCGGACCGUCUAGAGGAAAAGGGCCCAUUUGGAGAUUGCGAAAAGGCCACAAGCAACAGAGCCGAGUUGCGCGCGGUCGUUGCUGCUCUUCGUUUGAAUGAUUGGAAAGCAGAAGGGUUCACCUCUAUUGUGGUCGCUACCGCCUCAUCCUAUGUUUUGAACGGAGCAACGAAACGGGCGAAAAGUUGGAUUUCCAAUGGAUGGAAAUUCCGAAACGGCAAGGAGGUUGACAACAAAGACUUAUGGCAGCUUCUACUUGGCGAGGUAGAACGAUGGGGUGAUGAAGGGCUAGACGUUUUUCUGCUUGAAAUCCCACAGCAUCUGAACGAAGAGGCGAAUAUGGCGGCCAAAGUGGCUGCUGAGAUGAAGCCUGAUAGGGAAGAGUUCACCGAUAUCGCAUUGUGCUUAAGUCAGCCUUCUCCCCCUGAGCCAAAACUGCAGGCCCAUGCCCUUUUCGUUUGUCUCGCAGGCAGUCAUCAUUUUCAGAAGUUCAGCUGCCGCAACAUAUGCGCACCGGACGAUAAGCCCACGGAGCAUGCGUUUAACCCUGAAGCUGCACUCGAGUAUUUAAACGGACUAUCCCCUCCUUCCAUGAUACUCAUUGCAGAUGCUAUGAUCACUCGCCAUAGAGAAGUUUUGGAACGAAUCAUUGAUCGCAUGCGAGACGGAACUACAGUCAUCGUAUCGGGUUCUUUUGGUACCACGGUAACAUCCAGCGAGCUUGGCCGUUUCUUUUCAAUCCUUGAUCUACCAUGGCAGAAGGAUGCUGAUCAUGAUGCCGAACCCGAGUUACAAUGCAGUGUUCGUAACGGAAAAUUCCGGCGCUUCUGGUUACGAGCCACAGGGCUCCCACCUUUGCCCAAAGGCGUUGAAAGGCGGACCGAAAAUCCAGUGUCCUGGUACACCGAUCCUACUAGCGGUCUUGCCUUUACAAAGAUAGGGUUAGGGAGGCUCGUGUUAGAUGCACAGAUUAGUACCACUUGGCCUGGUCUCCUUGGUCAACUUGACCUCCCCUCUGUAGAGUUUUGUAUGCUCUGA